AUGGAUAUAGGUUCGAUGGAUGGAGCUUGUAUGACGAGUCCGGCGGAUAUUCCGCCACCUACUGGAAGAGGCCCAACUCUACCUGGUCUCGUCACCCCUCUCCAAGGCUCUAGCCCACACGCCUUGUUCUAUGACUUGACUCACGAUAAUGAGUCGCCGCUGCACAAACGUUCAGCAGAGGACGCUCUCUCCACCGGUGCCCUCGUGUCGUUCUCUCACUGCGCUGUCGGGUCGGUUAAAGGCUUUGAUGACCUACACCCGAAACUCCUAGACCUGGUGGGAGAGAACCGAUUAUACGAGAUUCUGGAAAAUGGUGGUAUCGGUGCGGUCAAGCGUGUGCUGAACAAUCUUCACACUGAAAUGGCACUCGAUGGAUUCGACGAAGCCCAUGUGCAUCAGGAGAACGAUACCCAGAGGGGAUACCUACUCGUAGCUCACACAGCAUUCCAAAAAGGAAAGAAAGAUUCUGGAUACAUAAAGCCAAUACAACUCAGGCGUACGAAAGCAAAGUUCAUCUUUGGAGCUUGCAUAGAUAUCCCAUCAUACGAGUCUGCUAAAGAUGAAAAGCUCAUCAAGGGCCUCAGCUCUCAGCUCUCGCUGCUUCCUGCGGUCCAAGCUGUGGAUGGGUCAGAUAAUGACGGACCUUAUCAAGAGAUCCCAGUGCCAUCCACAUUCCCUCCUGGAAGUGUCAUGCUAUUCACCACUCAAUUAGAAGGAAUCGGUCCCGACAUGGACUCAUUCUGCAAAGAAGGGGUGGAAGCUGCAUUCUCCGGUCUUGACUUAACGGACCUCAAU